GUGAUGCUUGGAGCUUGUUUUAUGACUGAAUUCAUUGAUUAGUUCUGCUAAUUUGUCCCUCGUUCUCGUCAACUGAAGGCUCUGACUGCGGUUUUCUUGUGUCGGUUUCCGAUCGGAGGUUCUUGCUUCUUUAUGAAGAAAUCGAAAGAUGAUUUGAUGUUUUUGGCGGAUCUUUUAGAGCACUCAUUGUGCCUCAGCUCCUUUUUUGCCAGUUCUUUUACAUAGAGCACGAGUUUGUUGAUUUCGUUUGCACAUUGCUUUCUUGCUCUGUUGCUUGCCAACCAAGAUCCGAUCGGUUUAGAAGCUAAACCUCCAUAACGAUGACAAGGGAGGAUGAAGUUUGUGUUCUGUUGUUGAAUUGUUGUCUGAUGAGCUUAAUUCACUAACUUAUGAACGUGACUGAAAUAUUCAACACAAUGUAUCCCCGAGAGCAUAUAGGCAAAGCCUUUGAUGCUUCUUCUUCUGCUAAUGGUGGUAAUCCAUCAUUGAAAAGCAAAGGUGUUGAAGAAUCUAGUUCUACAAAAGGUGACCAUAAGGCUGAUCAGAUGAGCAUGGACAUGGCAGAUGUCAGCUUAGCCAGUCAAGAAGAAGGAUGGGAGGUGUAUGGAAAGAAGUCCAAGAAGAGAGCUGGUUGUAGUGGCCGUGGUACCAUCACAACAGCUUCUGGUCCAAAACCAUGGGGCUCUUCACCUAAUGCACCUAGGUCUUGGGGUCAGUCAGAUGGGCUACCGAGGCAAAGAUGGGGCGCAAAUGGUGGAACUGCAAGGACUUCCGGAAGUAACUGGGCUCAAGCCAAUGCAUCUCAUCGACCUGCUAGCAAAGUUAAUCCAAAGCAGCAACCAACAAGCAAGGGUUUGGAAACACAACACAUGGCUCUCCCUCCAGUUAGACCUUCACAACUGCAACAUGGAUGGAAUUGGGCAGCAAGAGGUGAUUUCUCUGGUUCUCAACCAAAAUCGGAAGAAUUUAUCUCCAACCAUCUUCCCCAGAAUGAUUCUUCUGGUGGAUGUGAUUCGGAUUCCAAUGCUAUGGCUCAGAAGUCUGGUGAUGUUUUAGAUGAUGAUGAUUUGGUGGAAGACAGCGAUGAUAAUUUCAGUGAUGGCUAUGAUUCUGAUGCAAGCCAAAAGACCCAUAAGACUCGAAAGAAGAGCAAACCGUUCAGGGGAUUUUUUGAAGAUUUGGACAAGCUGACAAAUGAAGAAAUAAAUGAACAAAUGAGGCAAUGGCAUUGCCCGGCAUGUUACAACGGUCCUGGUGAAAUUGUGUGGUACAAAGGUUUGCAACCUUUGCUGACCCAUGCAAAUACAAAAAGAGCAGCUAGAGUUAAACUUCAUCAGGAGCUUGCUUUACUGUUGGAAGAAGAACUUCGCCAUAGGGGAACUUCACCUGUACCUGCUGGUGAAGUCUUCGGUAAAUGGAAGGGACUGCAGGAGACAACAACUGAUCGUGAAAUAGUUUGGCCUCCAAUGGUUGUUAUUAUGAACACCUUGCUUGAGCAAGAUGAGAAUGAAAUGUGGAUUGGCAUGGGUAAUCAAGAGCUUGUUGAAUAUUUCAGCUCGUAUGCAGCAGUAAAAGCCCGCCAUUCAUAUGGUCCUCGUGGGCAUCGUGGCAUGAGUGUUUUGAUCUUUGAACCUACUGCAGUAGGCUAUUUGGAGGCUGAGCAGCUACAUAAUCAUUUUGCAGAACAAGGAAAAGAUAGAGACGCAUGGGAACAUCGUAGGAUUCUAUUCUCUGCAGGUGGCAAACGCCAAUUAUAUGGCUACUUGGCAAACAAAGAAGAUGUGGAUGUGUUCAACCACCAUUCUCAUGGUAAACAUCGUCUGAAAUUUGAGAUGAGAUCAUAUGAGGAAAUGGUUGUCAUUCCAAUGAAGCAAAUGAAUGAAGAUAACCAGCAACUAAUCUGGUUGAAAAACAAGGUUGUUAAACAAGAACAACAGUCCAAAGUUCUUAAAGAAACCAUUGGGGUUGUAACUCAAAGGUGGCGUGAGACUGUGGAAGAAAAUAUCAUUGUAAGGCGUAGAUCCAAGAUGCAACAUGAAGAAAACAAGGAAGAGAUGGAUUAUCAAGAGAAAUUUUUCAACGAGCAAAUAGAAAAAAUACGCAAUAAUACUGAAGAGAAAGAGAGGACUUUCGAGAAGUUGCAGGCAGAGCGUGCUAAAGUGGCAGUUUUGGAUGUAGAUUCUGGAACCAAUGAAGAUCGGAAGACUAGGAAAGAAGAGACGGGAGUGAAGGGAGUUGAGGAGUUUGAGGCAGAGAGAGAGAAGCUAAUACGCUCACAUGAACAGAACAAGGUUUUACUAAGGCGGGAGUACCUGUCCAAGGAAGUCGAGCUGGAAAAAGAGUUCGAGGCAGCCCUCACCGAAUUGAUGGAGAAGUAUACUCCAACAGCCUUUCCUGCUUCCAACUGCAACUCUUAGCAGAUGAAUGUGAAGAAUGGACAUAUGAUACGAGGUUUGCCUUCUGCGAAGUAACUUUAUCACUAUAUCUUUUGUGCUUCUAAUAAUAAUGUUCUUGGUGACUGCUUUGCAAUGUGAACUGUCUGCCCUUUUAUUAAUGCUCAUCCCUUUCUUUUCCUUUAA